AGAGCGCUGGAGCCUGUUUUGCCUCGAAGGCAAGACUUGCAGCCAAUCAGCGCGCUGGAGCCUCCCUCCGCGACUCCACUAUUGAGUCUAUAACCGGCUGGCCGGGCGGAGCUGGCAGCAUUUGACUGUGGCUUGGGACGCGACGAGAGGCGCGCAGCGACCGCCUGGAGGCCGGCGAUGGUCUGAGAGCCCCUGUCUCCCCUCCCUCGAGCGCGGCCGGGCCCUCCCCUCGCCCUCCGGACACACACCCCCGCCCCGUCGCCGCCGCCUCCCCCGCGCCCCGGCCGCUCCGCCGUCCGGGCAGAGGCGAGCCCCGCGGAGGCUCAGCGCCCGCCAGCAUGAGUGGCUCCUUCGACCGCAAGCUCAGCAGCAUCCUCACCGACAUCUCCAGCUCGCUGAGCUGCCAUGCGGGCUCCAAGGACUCGCCCACCCUGCCCGAGUCGUCCGUCACUGACCUGGGCUACUACAGCGCUCCCCAGCACGACUACUACUCGGGCCAGCCCUACGGCCAGACGGUGAACCCCUACACCUACCACCACCAGUUUAAUCUCAACGGGCUUGCAGGCACGGGCGCUUACUCGCCCAAGUCGGAAUAUACCUACGGAGCCUCCUACCGGCAAUACGGAGCCUACCGAGAGCAGCCGCUGCCUGCCCAGGACCCAGUGUCCGUGAAGGAGGAGCCGGAAGCCGAGGUGCGCAUGGUGAACGGGAAGCCCAAGAAGGUCCGAAAGCCCCGCACGAUCUACUCCAGUUACCAGCUGGCCGCCCUGCAGCGCCGCUUCCAGAAGGCCCAGUACCUGGCGCUGCCAGAGCGCGCCGAGCUGGCGGCGCAGCUGGGCCUCACGCAGACUCAGGUGAAAAUCUGGUUCCAGAACCGCCGCUCCAAAUUCAAGAAGCUCUACAAGAACGGGGAGGUGCCGCUGGAGCACAGCCCGAACAACAGCGACUCCAUGGCCUGCAACUCACCGCCGUCACCCGCCCUCUGGGACACCUCCUCCCACUCCACUCCGGCCCCUGCCCGCAGCCAGCUGCCCCCGCCGCUCCCCUACAGUGCUUCUCCCAGCUACCUGGACGACCCCACCAACUCCUGGUACCACGCACAGAACCUGAGCGGACCCCACUUACAGCAGCAGCCGCCUCAGCCGGCCACCCUUCACCAUGCCUCCCCCGGGCCCCCGCCCAACCCUGGGGCUGUGUACUGAGCACCCACCUGGCCUGAACUUCCCACAAAGGACCACCGGACCAGGCAGAAGGCGUCUCCGUCCUAGCCAACACUCAGGAAUCAUCAAGGAGCAUGUGGAAGGGCACUCCCUUUCCCCUUCCCUUGUCCCCUCCUCCGGGGACCCCCGAGAGCUGCCAGAUGAAAUUUGCAUGGACCAAGGAUGUCCCCUGAACCUUCCUCUCCCUGCCUAGACUCUGGGGUACCCCUCCAGAUGCUGGGCACUUCACUCCGGCUGGGACAGCUGUCCCUUUCUGCUCUGGGAGCCUGGAUUGGCUUUGAAUGGCUCAUCACCUUCCAGCUUCUAAAAGUUAGUACUCGUCCCCCAGACUGGAGACUGCGGGGCUGGGAGACUGGGCAGCACUUGCAGGCCACACCUGGACUGGGCACCAGGCACCGUGGAUGGGGACUCACUUCCCCUUCCUGAGUAUUCCCUCUGCCAGAGAGACAUUGGACAUCAGCGACGGGACUCAGGGUGGGGACCUAAAGCAGCCCCUGCCCGAACUUCUAGCCCUCGUUAAGCUUUGAGGGUUAAACCAAAGAAAACUCCCACAAGUGAGGGCAUCUUUUAAUGUUUGUGGCUUCAGAGGGAAGCACUCUCACCUCUCGUCUAGUCUCUCUCCUGCUCUGCUGGGAGAGGGCACGGGGGUCUCAGAUGUCUUUCUUAAGGACCCCUUCUCCAUGGACAGGACUUUGCACAACUUUGGUUUUAAAAGCUGUUGAAAACUAGGAAAACAAAGGGCAUUGUUAACAGAUAGGACCAAUCUCCCUGCCAGGGCACCUCUGCUCUGCCCCACCCCCACCCAACCUCUUCCUCUCCUCCAGUAAGUUGGCAGUUUUGGGUGCCAAACCCCAAAUCUCCAAGGAGACAUACCAGGCAAGACAAACCCCAAAAUAUCCCCUUUCCCGGCGGCCUUAGAAAAAGCUGGCUUCAGCUGCGAAGAGGAGUUGGGGAUGGAGGAAACGGGUGAGGUGCAGGGGAGGAGGGGAGGUCAUAGCUCUGUGCCUUUAGGGGUGGGGGUGUCUGCUGGAGGGCCACUGGUACGCUCUUUGCUGGCCUAGACAUCCCCUGGAACUCACUUCCCCCACCCCUUGCUGUGUUCAAACAUGGAAGAAAAGGAGAGAUAGAAGA